AUGUCAAUGGAGAUUCGGAGCAGCCGCCACCACCAGGAGGAGGCGACCGGCAAUCUAAUGAGGCCGGGAUCAGACUACCCGCCGGUAAUGCAGCGAGGAGGGGCACCUGCGGCUGCGGCGCACCGGCGGCAGUUCCAGCCCAUUCCAGCGCCCUUCAUGUCAUUCAGGCCGCCGCUUGCUGACACGCCGGCGCCCCAUCACCAGGGGCAACUCCGGUUCCACGGCCACGGCGGACCCAGGCCGUUUCACCGGCCGCCGCCGCCGCCGGGGAGCUUCCCAGGUGCCGCGGAUGGCACCGCGUCCACAGCUCAGCAACGUUUCACCGCCGACAGUGCUAGUGCCGUGUAUAGGUCUGCGGUUGGCGUCUACGCCCCAAGCCGGCGCAUAUGGAAUCCCAAGUCAACACUGAUGACUAUGUUCUACAACGGCGCCGUCAACGUGUUCGACGUCCCGGUGGACAAGGCCCAAGAGAUUAUGGUUUUAGCAAGCAGGGCAUCUGUUUCAACCCCACCCAGACCCACUGAAAUCCAGAAAUCAGGCUCCCAUGUCCCAGCCAAUACCAGAUUUACAGUGCCCGACCCGAGGAAGACCUUUGCAACUCAUGUAUCGGCCAUUUCAAGUCGAAUCCCCGCUGUGCCACAAGCUCCGGCGCUCCCAAGGAACACGCCGCCAGGCUACCAAAAUUACACUCCUGAUCCGAGAACAUCCUCAGGCGUACAAUCAUCAGUUGCUCCUCCGGUAUCCCGGGCAUCCUCAGCGCAACAGAUGCAACAAGCAUCUCCAGUUGCCGUCGCAGAACCUAUUAGGCCAAUAGCUGUCCGUCAAUCUCGGAAAGCAUCUCUCGCCCGAUUCUUGGAGAAGCGAAAAGAAAGAGUUUCAAGUGCCACGCCAUACCAGUUGUCAAAGAGCCCGCUAGAGAGCAGUGGCAGCUUGGGCAGUGCGAGCAAUUCAAGCAGGUUAUCUAGCGCAGACAAUGCUCCACCCAACAACAACUGCCAGGAGUCUAUGAGCUAUGUUAGCAAUGACGCUAUGUCGGCAAUUCCCCAUAGGGUAGUUAUAGAGUUGGAAUGA